UUAGAGAUUUACUCAAUUGUUUCGAUUUGAAUGUGACUUCUCUGCUUCCAACUAGAGUUUUCACUAAUAUUAAUGGCCAAACUUCUAGCUCAAAAGUUGAUUAUAUUCUGACCAAUGCUGAUUUACGAAAGUGCAAGACAUCUGUUUUUGAGGCCUUUCUUGGUGAUCAUAGAGUGAUGUCACUAGUUUACUCUCGCUGCUUAGAUUUAGAUUCUAAUGAUGACAGGCCAAAAUACCAGACUGUUCGGAUAUUUUCUGAUCAUAGCUUGAGUGUUUUCAGAUCAAAUUUUCUCGAUAUGGAUUUCGAUGAACUAUAUGAUAGCGUUGAUGUAAAUGAGUGCUUUCGAAUAUUUUUAGAUAAAGUCCAAUCUCUAAUGAGAGAGUGUUUUCCUUUCAGAAAGAUAGCAUGUCGAGGAAAUGUUGAUAAACGAUGGAUCACUGAUGAGAUCAAAAUGGCUAGCGUAAGAUUAAAAGAUAUAUACUGGUUACAUGCUAAUAUCAGAUCGUCUGAUUCACUCGAAAUGUACAGGAGAGCCAAAGUAGAUUAUAAUUUGUUGCUUCGUAGAAGCAAAUGUCAGUACUAUAGCGGAUAUAUAAAGUAUGGAUAAAUUAUCUAGUCACCACUCUUACAAUACACGAAACGUAGAAGUUUUAACUCUUCCUAAACACAAAACAGCA